AUGGUGCUAGCAUCAAACUUAGGGAUCAAGCCCACGCGCAUUGGCGACGAGUCGGCGCGCUGGAUCACCCUGGGCAGCUGCCUGCACAAGACCGCGGUGCUGGCGGGCACCGCGUGCCUCCACACGCCCUGGGCGCUGCCGCUGGAUUACUCGCACUGCAUUUCCCUGCCUGCCGGUGUGCUGAGCCCGGCCUGCUGCACGCUCCACGGCAUCUCGUGGCAGUUCCACCCGUGCUGCUAGUACCAGGCGGAGUAGGACGCCUACAGACUGUCGCCCCUGGCGCUGCACACGCUCACCUCGUCCACGCCCGUGGUGCUGGUGCGCAAGGACGACCUACACAGGAAGAGACUGCACAACACGGUGGCCCUGGCCGCCCUGGUGCACCGUGUGAAGAAGGGCUACAAGCUCUGCGCCAUACGACUGCACGCCCCGCGCUGCAGGGCGGCCUGCCAAGGCGUGAGGUUCGAUAGAUCAUGGGUGUGCUAA